UGCAAACGAGACACAUACGCAGCAUCGCUUCAGACUGGCGAAAUUGACGUACGUGAACCAACCCAGUCUCUUCGUCUCAGAAAUGUGUCGUCACACAGCCCGAACAGCAACAACAAACAUGGAGGAAUAUGCCCGUGAACCUUGUCCCUGGAGAAUAGUAGAUGAUUGUGGUGGUGCAUUCACCAUGGGGGCCAUCGGCGGAGGGGUAUUCCAGUCAAUCAAGGGCUUUCGGAACGCUCCUGUGGGCUUUCAGCACAGACUAAAAGGUAGUGCCAAUGCUGUGAGAAUAAGAGCUCCACAGAUCGGCGGUAGCUUUGCUGUGUGGGGUGGACUUUUCUCAACGAUCGACUGUGGUCUGGUCCAUAUUCGAGGGAAAGAGGAUCCCUGGAACUCUAUAACUAGUGGAGCGAUGACUGGGGCAGUCCUGGCUGCACGCAGUGGGCCCUUGGCUAUGAUGGGGUCAGCUAUGAUGGGGGGCAUCCUACUGGCCCUGAUCGAGGGCUUUGGGAUCCUUCUGACCAGAUACACAGCACAGCAGUUUCAGAACCCAAGUCCCUUUGUGUAUGACCCCAACCAGCUUCCUCCGAAGGAUGCCAGCCAACAGCAGACUGGGUUCCAGUAGAGCCCAACUUGGUCUGGAGCUAAUGAGCCUAGCUACAGCCCUGCAUACUGUGACAGUCUCUGACUAGAGAGGAGAGAGGCGCUCUGUCACCUGACCACACAGCUGUCAGCAACCUCAGGGGAAUGGAAAUAUCUAACCUAAGCCCCCAUCCUCUCAAUGGCAAUAAGAAUGUAGAUGCACUUUAGUGUUAUUCCUCAGGGAUAGAUUGCAGUUGAUUUGAGUUAUUUAUGAAUAUAUGUUUGUGUAUACCGGUACACCAGUGUUCCUUCUGACUAGUCCCGAAUAAUACACACUUUUAUCAGAUAUAUUUGUGCCCAAACCCGUCAUUUCAUGGUGACUGUAAGAAUGUUGGUGCUUUAUUACCACAGCUACAGAAAUUGAAUGGGUAGCUGAAAAUGUAUUGGUAAUUAAUACAUGCAUACAAGUAUGGGAUGCCUACAUUUAGGAUUAGAAAUUCCCUCAAUCUUAUCAGAAGUGUGUCAGGUAAUCAAUGUCGUUCAAAACGGAUGUAUUUUCUCUUGCUUGUAAAAAUGCAAUGCACUGAGGGAGGAGAACUGCACUAUCAUUUCAUUUCCUCUCCUCUCCUCUUUUAUAAUUGUAUGGCUUAUAAGGGUCUAAAUCACAUCACAAACGCACCAAUGAUAUGUUUCCAUUUGUGAAACUCAAAUAGCCGGAAAGGAAUGUCAUGACCAAAUACAGUCACAGCUCAUUUGUUCUGCUGUUUAUGUCAUUACCUUCAUUGGAUGCCUGCCAUUAUGCCAUGCAUUACUAGACAUUCCCGCUAUCUAAGCACUAUAAGGUCUAUCCACUUUGAUGAACCAAAGCACUUUCUUACUCCUUCUCUCUGUGUUAUUGUGUUGAGAAAAAUUAGAUGGUUUUGUGACACAAUGAAGAUAUGUUUUGUAAUGUAUAGAAUGCUGUACAAUAGUUGUUGGUUUUAAUGUAUUUAUGAGGCAGAAAAAUAAAUGUUUAAAGUGUAA